GGUGAAAAGCCGUUUUCAUGUGUGAACUGUGGAAAAAGUUUUAGUCUAAAACUGAGUUUAACUGAGCACAUGAUGAUUCAUACUGGUGAAAAGCCGUUUUCAUGUGUGAACUGUGGGAAAAGUUUUAAUCGAAAACAGAGUUUAACUCAGCACAUGAUGAUUCAUACUGGUCAAAAGCCGUUUUCAUGUGUGACCUGUGGGAAAAGUUUUAUUCGAAAACAGAGUUUAACUAAGCACAUGAUGAUUCACACUGGUAAAAAGCCGUUUUCAUGUGUGACAUGUGGAAAGAGUUUUCUUCAAAAACCGCAUUUAACUAGGCACAUGAUGAUUCACACUGGUGAAAAGUCAUUUUCAUGCGUGAACUGUGGAAAAAGUUUCAGUGGAAAAUAUAAUUUAACUGAGCACAUGAGGAUUCACACUGGUGAAAAGCAGUUUUCAUGUGUGACCUGUGGAAAAAGUUUUUUUCAAAAACAUGAUUUAACUCGUCAUGUGAUGAUUCACACUGGUGAAAAGCAGUUUUCAUGUGUGACCUGUGGGAAAUGUUUUAUUCGAAAACAUGAUUUAACUCAGCACAUGAUGAUUCACACUGGUGAAAAACCAUUUUCAUGUGUGAACUGUGGAAAAUGUUUUAGUCAUAAAGCGAAUUUAACUAAGCACAUGAGGAUUCACUCUGGUGAAAAACCAUUUUCAUGUGUGAACUGUGGAAAAUGUUUUAUUCAAAAAUCGAAUUUAACUACGCAUCUGAUGAUUCACUCUGGUGAAAAACCAUUUUCAUGUGUGAACUGUGGAAAAGGUUUUGGUGACAAACGGAAGUUAACUGAGCACAUGAGGAUUCACACUGGUGAAAAGCCGUUUUCAUGUGGAAAUUGUGGAAAAAGUUUUUGUCAAAAACAAAAUUUAAUUCAGCACAUGAGGAUUCACACUGGUGAAAAGCCUUUUUCAUGUGUGACCUGUUUAAAAAGUUUUAGUAAUAAACAUAAUUUAACUAAGCACAUGAUGCGUCACACAGUUGAAAAGCUGUAGAAGUAUGUUCCAUAAAUGUCCUAUGUUGUAUUUGUUAAAUGUGAUCAUUUUGAUCUUCACAUUUGGAUACUUAGAGAUGUUCAACCAUGACACAUUUUCCUUCAUUGAUGUUUUAUUUUUCUGGUAUAUUCUGUAUCAAUAAACAAUAAUGAUAAACUGUA